CUGCUAAUAUAGAUAUGUGUUCUUUAUGUUUAGCUUCAAAAGAAUCAUUAUUGUGGGUCGAUAAGUAUAUGCCACCAAGUUGCUCUUCCUUUUUAAAUACUUGUCCUGGCAUAAUGAAAAUUCUUUUGUGGUUGGAAAAAUGGAAGUAUAAAAAUUCUAAAAUAGAAAAUUCAGCGAAAUCUUCAUUAAAUAAAAGUCAAACUGCAAAGUCUACAAAAAAAAGACUUCGAUCAAGCCCUCGUUACUCUAGUGAUGAUGACUUUGUUGUGAAACCACCGGCGCAUAAACGCUACAAAUGUAACGUUCCUAAUUCUGGUCCAUUUGAAAAAACCAAUGAGAAAUCAACUUUAAAUUUACCAAUCGGAUAUAUCCAAAAUCAAGUAGAUUUUUCUAACUCCAGCAGCUCAGAUGAGGAUACUUCGGCUGAAAGUGAUGAAGAGCAUAAUGGUAAUACUAAUAAAAGACGUCUUCAGGCGAAUUGGCAGUCCAAGGCUUUCUUGUUAAUAGGACCUCAUGGAACAGGCAAAUCUGCACUAGUCUAUGCACUAGCUAAAGAUUUAGGUUUCAAAAUAUUUGAAUUAAACCCUCAAUUCCAUACUGCACUCGAAUCACAUCAUGUUGCUAAAGAUAAUCUGUCCACUAGUUUUAGUACAUUCCAAAUGAUAACAUCAUCAUGUCUUACUAAGAAUAAUUCAAAACCGGUUCGCAAAUCUGCAGCUAAUUUCUUUAAACCAGUGUCUAGAAAAAAUGUUUCAUCUGAAAAGAACACUUCUUCCAGUAAAGAUGCAGAAAGUCUCAAUUUAAAUUGCAAUUCAAUAGUACUAUUCGAUGAGGUGGAUGUACUUUUUGAAAGUGAUCGAGGCUUUUGGUCUGGCCUAAGUAGUUUACUUCAACUUGCUCGUCGUCCAGUUAUACUUACCGCUUCAGAUUCUUCUAUAGUUCACAAUUUACCAGUUCCAGCUUAUGUUUGUCAUAUGACAUCAGCCUCGUUGGAAUUAGUUGUCCCCUAUGUUCGUCUCCUCUGUUUAACCGAAGGAUAUGAUUUGGAUGUACAAACUGCAAAUUCAUUAGUAAAAAGCAUUCAAUCCCCUAACUUAAUUGUUAAUAAACCGUCUUCUGAACAUUGUGACCUUCGGAGACUGAUUAAUGAACUACAAUGGUUUUGUAUCAGUGCUCCUGAUGAGGAGGCAAACAGAAGAGAUAAUCAUAAGGAAAAUCAAAACCCAUCCAUCAUUCUAAGCGAAUUAAUGGAUGAUCCUCUAAUUUUAAUUCAAAAACUGUAUCCUUCAUUGUGCAAUUUAUCUGGACCUGUUCAUCAUAAAUCAUUAGAUAAUCCUAAAUCUACUACUGAUGAAAAUGAUUUAUGCAAUUUAUUCACUGAAGACACUGAAAAUGUUAUUGAUCUGAUCAAUCAUACUACUGAAAUUGUUACAGAGAAAGUUAAUGACGUGGAAAAUGACCAAUUAAACUCUCCAUUAAUUGGUUCCAGUUUAAACUCUUUAAAACAAAUAAGUGAAGACCUUUCAUUUUGGGAUAUAUGUCAAUCGGGUGUAACUCGUGCAUCGAUGUGGUCAGUUAUGGAUUCAAUAAGUCAACUAAUUGAAACAACAUUGGAUUCAAAUGAUAACAAUAACAAUAAUAAUAAUAAUUCAAUAUCCAACACAAAUCUAUCUGUUAAUUUAAAUUCAAACAGUACUAUACGUACUGGAUUCACUAAACAUGUUAUCAAUGUACCUACACAGCAUUGUGGAUCAAUUAAUGCAUUCGAUAUGAUUAAUGAUGAAUUCUUUAACGUAUUCUGGAUACAAAUUCUGUUAAAUCAAAUUCGAACUAAUCUACAAGAAGUUGAGAGUAAACUAACUGCUGAAAAUUACUCUCAUUCAAAUGUUCCUAUGAAAGCAGACACAUUUCUAAGAUCACAUGAUUUAAAUCAAAAUAUUUCAUUGUCAAAUUGUAUCCAUGAUUUGCAUCGUUGUGGUAUCGGUACCAAUUAUCAUGAUCAUUUCAAAACAUUGGCAUGUGAUUAUUUACCAGUUCUACGUGUAUUAGCUUCCGGUGAGAAUUCCAGACAAACAGUUUCCACUAAAAGACGCUUUUUACACUACUUUGAUCGGAUAUCUUUGUUCUUGCGACCAUCUACUAAAGAAUUUUUGGCAAAAUCCCAUUUUCUUUAA